AUGAUGCUGUCCAGGGAGCAGCGCACACUGGCCCCGUGGAAAGAUCGAGACAUUGUUUGCCGUCCUAAGAAGAUUGUGCCCACUGUGGCUACGGAUCUCCCCUCAAGCAUCCCAAUCUACGUCGAGAUUCAAGACAAGCCGCAGUGGGUCAAAAAGCGCAAGGGUGGCGGUGGCAAUUACAAAGUGCAGCCACCUCAAGUGUUUGACCCCAUCACAUUCACCAUGUCCACCGAAUGGGAUGAAUUCCUUGCGCUUGUUGCAACUGCAGCAAUGACAACUGUUGACCGUCUCAUCCUCAGCUCCCUGAACUGGCAGUGGACAAAGACAAACUCUUCAGCAAAAGGUCAAUUACCUUUGAAGUCACCCAAAGGAUACAAGAUCAUGCUUGACAACAUCAAGGCCUCAAAUCUUGGUGUGGCUGGUAUGCUAUUUGUCUCCAUGGGUCGCCCACGUCAGCCACAGCAAGAGCUUCCACCUUGGGCAGUGGCGGCAACACUGCCAAGCCAGUCGCAAAGCGAGUCGCAUAAUGAUGAGUCUGAUACAAAGUCCAGCAAGAAGCUCUCCCUCGACAAGAAGCUCGAGCCAAUCAUGGCUGCUCUUAUCAAUAAAUCGGGAGAAUAUGCAGGAAGAAAGAGCAGGAUACAGCCUAUGGAAACUGUCUGA